CUGACUCAAGUGGGUGUGUACACUCAGAAAGGACAUGCUGGCAUAUGCUGUGACUUCCCUGAGCUCAUGGCCAAACUUUCCCUCACAGAAAUGGGUCUGCUGCUUCUAUUGGUGUUGGCCUUGAUGCUCAGUACUGAGGCAAGACAGAAGAGGCCACAGACACUAAAGAGACAGAAGAGAGAAUGGAUUCUUCCUCCUGCCAAGCUGCUGGAGAACACUGACUACACCCAUAAGGAAUUCAUUGCCAAGAUUCGCUCUGAUAAAGACAAAGGUGCAAAGGUGGAGUAUUAUCUCUCUGGACCAGGAGCGGACAAACCACCCUUCAACCUCUUUGUGGUAGACCAGUACACUGGCUUUGUAACCGUCACUGGUAUUCUGGACCGGGAGAAAUACCCCUCCUUCAAUCUAACAGGAAUUGCCAAACACAUAGAUGGAACCUUAGCAGAAGACAGCAUACCAAUGAUGGUCACAGUCCUGGACCAGAAUGAUAAUGCUCCAACUUUUGAGCUGCACACUGGGAAUAUCACAGAGGCGAGCAAAAAAGGAACCUUUGUUAUGCAGAUUGAGGGGAAAGAUAAUGACCAAGCUGGAACAAGUAAUUCAGAGAUCUCCUACAGCAUUGUCAGUCAGGAGCCAGAGGGCACAGGUCACAUGUUUACUAUCGACAAAAAGACAGGAAAUCUGUAUGUCAACGAGCCCACACUGGACAGAGAGACGUAUGACUCCUACAAACUGGUCAUAAAGGGGAUUGAUUUGGGUGGGGCAGCAGGGGGGCUAACAGGGACUGGAACUGUGGAGAUCAAGGUUCUGGACAUCAAUGAUAAUAUCCCCACUCUGGAAAAAUCUGAGUACUCUGGGACAGUGGAUGAAAAUGUUAUGGAUGUGGUUGUGAUGAGAAUCAAAGCUCUGGACAAAGACCUUGAAAACACAGACAACUGGGUGACUGUCUUUUCAAUCGCCAAAGGAAAUGAGGAUAAUAUAUUCUCCAUUGAGACAGACAAAGAAACCAAUGAGGGCAUCCUGAAGCUGAUCAAGCCUCUGGAUUUUGAAGAAAUCCAAAAUCUUGAGCUUGGCCUUCUCAUUGAGAAUGUAGCUCCUUUUUUGGAGGGUGGUGCUAUUCUAAUGGAUGUGGAUGUUAAGGUUGGACAGGGCGGUCCCCUGCUUUCCGGUGCUGCUGCUGCUGGUGUUGCAGCUGGUGUGAGUCCAGGUGCAGACUUGGGAGUAGACUUGGGGGAUAAGGCAGACAUUGACAUUGAAGGGGGUGGGGAUGUAGGUCUUAAUCCUUGGGCAGGGCUUGCACCAGGAAUUGGAGUUGGGCCUGGAGUAGGUGUUGGACUUGAGACUGGUGUCAAACCUGGACCAGCAACAAAGCCACAUGAACCAGUGAAAAGUUAUCCCAUUAAGAUAUCAGUGAAUAAUGUACCAGAGGUUCCAGCAUUCAUACCUGAUACCAAGACCGUCCCUGUAUCAGAAGAUCCAAAUGAAGCGACUGAGGAUGGUGUGAUCACGGUGUUUGCUGCUGUUGAUCCAGACACAGGAAAACCAGCUGAAGAUGUCAGCUAUGCUAAAGGCUACGAUCCAGACAGUUGGUUAACCAUCAAUGCAGAAACAGCUGAGAUCAAACUCAACAAGAUACCCGACAGAGAGUCAUCAUUCUUGGUAAAUGGUACCUACAUUGCCAAGAUUCUGGUCAUGACCAAAGACAUACCAUCAAAGACAGCCACAGGAACAAUAGCCAUUCAAGUCACUGACUCCAAUGACCAUUGUCCCACCCUCAUCACCAAGCACAACAGUCUGUGUUCCAAUGAAAAGACAGUGUUUGUCACUGGCUGUGAUGAAGAUGUUAGUCCUAACAGUGCACCAUUCACGUUCAGAAUUAUAACUGAUGGGACACAAGGCAACUGGGUUGUAGAAGUCAUCAAUGAGACAAGUGCUGCUCUUCACUCUCAGGAGCCACUGUGGCCUGGUUCAUAUGAGCUCCAACUGGAGGUGCUGGAUGCUCAGGGUCUGUCCUGCUCAGCCAAUGAGGUUGUUAUUGUUGAUGUUUGUACCUGUGUGGAAACAGAGGCCUGCAGCUUAAUGGCAGCCAGACUAGGAACCACAUCACCUAAGCUUUCUGCCCCAGCCAUUGGCCUGCUGCUGAUGGCAAUGUGCUUACUGCUGUUCAUUCCUCUUCUGUUGUUGCUCUGUCACUGUGGAGGAAAAGACACUAUCUUUCCUGAAAAAUUUAAUGAUCUUCCAUUUGAUGCCAAAGAACACCUCAUAUCAUACCGAACUGAAGGCAGAGGCGACGAUAAGGCAGUGCCACUACAAAAUGUCCCUAUCACGUUGGGUACGCAAACAUUUUUUGGAACAGCACCAGCAUCAAACUUCACCCAGCAUCAAACUCCGACAACAUUUCAGACAGCUACAAUCUAUAAUAAGUUUGAGGAAAGCAGCCAAAGUUUGAGGGAGGUCAAUGAUGCCUAUAGGUUUUCAAGGGAAGCAUUCAACCAUGGCAAUGGCAAAGCACUGCAGUUCAGCAGGAAAAGACUUGGCAUCCAAAACAGAACAGUUCUGUUUGAGGACAUAGCCCUACCUGACACAUUCCUCGAUGACUACUACUCACAGAAAGUGGUGUGUGCUCUGCCAGUGAAGGAUGGUCUGUUGGAGUAUGAUUUUGAAGGCCAUGGUUCCUUUGCUGGCUCAGUGGGCUGCUGCAGCUUCCUGGAGUCUGACAAUGACCUACAGUUCUUAAAUGACUUAGGGACAAAGUUCAAGACUCUGGCUGACAUCUGUUCCCCUCCUAUAUCAAAACCCUCUCUAACCUGCAAAGAAGGAGAUGUGGUCCACACUACUGUUGAUUUUGCUGAACCAGUUAUUAAGCCCCAAAUUGAGCACAUUGUUGAGACAAAGAAUGCCAAUAUAACAUCUACUAACAUCUCCAAAUUAUCCGUCAAUACUGUAAGCACUGAGCCACCAUCCAUGAAACACCAUCACUCUAAGGUUACUAACAUCAGUCAUUCCUCUAAUAUCAGGUAUUCUGCUACUCUUCCUCGUCCUGUUCAAGCUGUUGUACUUGAGCAGCAGCCAGUUUACUACACCACCAGCCCUGUGAUACAACCCAUGCACUAUGUAAUUCAACCACAGUUACAGAGCACAGUUCUUUUGGCAGAUGUGGCCCAUGGAACCAAUUUUACAGGCCUCUAUGUAGUCAGUGGAUCCCAGAGUCCUUCUGGACUCACAAUCAGUGGGCUGAAAAACUCUCCUUCUGGUCAUGUUAUCCCAGGAUUAGAGAGCUCCAAAAGCUCUGCCAACCCUACCACUCCAGUCAGCCCCACAUUGUUGCUACCUGGUAGCUCAAUUGUGUCCCCGGGCUCACUCCCUGUAGAGGGUUGGAAAAUGAUUUUGCCAAAUCCUGAUGACAAUUAUAUUUUCUUGAAAGAUAGAAGUAGUCCACCUAAGGCACUGGGGGUGGACCCAGGCUCAUCUCAGGGCACUUUGUCAAGAGAUGCUAUCCUGGUAAAAGAGGAUGCUCCCCCUCAGGGGGUGUUAGGCCCAGCAGCUCAGGGGAGUGUGUAUGGCAUUCUGCCAGGACACAUUGUUGCUAAAAUGGGGGGUGUUGUUGCAGUAAAUACCAAUUUGGGGCAAACAUGGUGUGGGCACCUAGAACAGGUGGGGUUUUUAAGGCUGGUUACAGUUUUGGGAGUUGAUGAUGGGCAGCCAAGAAUUGGAAUGGCACAUGUGAUUGCAGUUAAGCCAGAAGUCACAGUAGCUGGAAUGUGCCCACCUGGGGUAGAUACAGUGGGUAUUAAGCAGAUUACUGUAAAACAUUUCCAAGGAAUUUAUUCACAGGAGCAAACAAUCGAAUAUGAUGUUGUUCUUGAAGCUAGAUCUGAUAGGCUAGAGUCGCAAAAGGAAGAACAGACCAUUAAUGUUGAAAAUAACUUCACUACUGCGGAAACCACUAAAACACAUGGACCCUUAAAGGAAGGGGUUAUAAUGGAAAAUAAGUUCAAGGACAAUGGUGAUCCAGAUCAGAUGGCAGCUGAAGAGACACAAUCAGAGGAUGUAAUCAUCUUCACAUUAGAGCAGGACACAACUGUAGAUUAUGCUAGUAGGUUGGUCAAAGUUGUAUAUGAAAACAAUGAGGAUAUCCAAGCAUCAAAAAAGUUUUCUGAUAUAAAUCUUGAGAAAGCUACAGUGACAUUAUUAGCAGGGUCAGAUGUACUACAUAAAUCAUUUGAGCAGUCUGACAGCACAGUGAAAUCAGGAGUUAUAAGAGCUGAAAUUUUCCCAGAUCAACUAAAUACAACCACUGAUGUGUCAGCAAACAAACAUACAAAUACAAACAAACAGAAAAGUCAGACAUCAGAACGCAGUUACCCACAAGAUAAUGCAGGAGAAGCUAAGCCUAUACAAUCAGAACAGCAGGAAAAACAUAUUAUCUCUGUAUGUUUUUCUAAGGAAUAUAUAGUAUGUAUGAUCACUCAACUAUCUUGCACAGAAACUGUUUACCAGGAUCAGAUAUUGAUUUUGUUCAUAAAAAAAAAAAAAAAGAUAAAGUGUACACAUGAAGAGGAUGCUACUUCUAUUAUAGACCAUGUCAAGAUUGUAGAUGAACAAAUACAUGGUAUCACAGAAGAAAAUGUGGGCAGACAGGAAGCAGGAGCUUUGAUAGAAGGGGAAGAAAGUAAAUCUCCUCAGCUCAGCAUAGUUGAAGGUUCAGAGGACAUGCUUUUAUCAGAACCUCAAUCAUAGCAGCGGUAACAUAUUUUGACAGGCGGGUGCGGUGGACUUGAGUGAUCCGAACAAAGAAAACCUAGUGUGACAGGAGUGGACUCUCCCCAUGUGCAUUGUGUUUCGGGGCUUCACUGGUCGGGGCUCAAACAUACGCGCUAGCAAGGAGGCUUAAACACGAGGGUGCUAGUGUUUGUCGCUAGUACAUCUUUAGGGUGUUGGGGAGUGAGGUUUACACACUGCACAUCAUUCGACUGGCUGGCUAACAUUACACUAAUGCACAUCCCAAGGCAGAAUUCAGAGUUGAACUCCCUCACAGAGAUGUCUGCAAUGCCACCAUGUAAGGAAACCGUACUGGCUUACCUUAACUGUUUUACACAUGGCAGAGUCAUGAGAUUUAUCAUUGACAGUGUCAUUUUAAUACAAUGUGUCUGUUAAUUUUCUUUAGUCCUCUUCUAGGCUCUAGCUGUUUUGUUUUUUUCUUUUUCCUUUUAAAGAAAACAUGUCAAUGAUCUCUGCUGUGAGUUUGGUGGUGACUCCUUGAGGAGGGAGUUUGGCAGCACCGCCCACACCCCCACUUGACCUCAAUCAAAGGAAUUCACAGAGGAUCAAAGUGAAAGGGAUCUGAAGGAAGAUAAAAGUACAUCAGAGAAUGUUGUUUCAGAUUUAGGAAGGAAUCAGGUUUUUGACAUUUUUCACUGUAUCCAGGCAGAUGAGAAUCUGGUGAAAAUGACAACUGGCACCAUUGAUGCACAUGACGUGAUGAAGACAGAGCAGGAAAAACUCUAGAUUCUGAAAGGGACUCAAUACUGUGGAUGAUGUAUUGUCAACAAUGCCUUCAUAUGAGAUUACAGGAGACACUGAAUGCAUACUACUGGCUAGUAGUUGUUUCUUUAAUAACAUUUUUAGAUUGUUGUUCUUGUUUCUUGGAUCCUAAUGCACUUUCACUUAGCUGUGACACAACUUUUGAAACCUGGUGCUACAGACACCAUAGUUGUAGAUUCGAUCACGACCGGUUCACUUAACUAAAUUGUGAACCGGUGUCUGAAGUGACAUUAAUCUCUGAGCAAGAAGUCUGGAGAGCAACUGGACUGUUGUAGAUUCUUGAAGAUCUCAUCCAAGAGGUUUCUUCAGUUCUGAGUUUUCUGUUGAAUGGUCAGCUCAGAUUUCAUCGAUGAUGGAUAUAAGAAACAUCCCAGAUGAUGGUGCAGCUAAUGCAUCUGGUCAGGUAACACCAACAUCUUACUCAUAUAGAUGAACAAGACCACAUCUUCGCUGAUUACAAACAUUAACCGCAAGUUUAUUACAAAGAGUGGCAAUGAGCUGAGAAGCAUUUGCAAUUUGUUCAGGAUUAGAGGAAGCUGUUUACAUGGAAGUUGUGCACCUGAGUACUUGUUGAGUAGUUGUUGUCAGGUGAAUCCUGUAAAGCUCAGACAAAUUUCUUAAAAUAGUAAAAGGACCCCAACCAGAGUCCUCAACAUCCAUAAAGCCACUCUGGAAAGUGUAAGCAACAGUGAUUCCUCUCAGGUAUAUGCUGCUCUGAUGACUAAACAGUUUUCCAUCAUGUUAAAUAUGGAGAUAAUAUGCCCCUGUUGAAAUGGCAAAUAGACAACAUUUUCAAAACUAAAUCCUUGUCACAUUCACAACAGGGCAGAAAGGCUGGUUUACCGAGAAAAGGUUAUAUGGAAUGCUUCUGUUAAGACCUCCAGCUAAUAAAGUGAUCAAAAAUAUAUUUUUAAAUUGAAGUUAGCCUGUCUAACUGAACAACUUUAUGCUGAAACAUAAACAAUUGGCAUAGUAGCAAAGGAGUCCUAAAAGCAACAAUACUGACUCCGAAAUGUGUUUACACAGCAUUUAAAAAUCAACUAACUUUAGUCACUGUGAGCUUUUGGUCAUACCUGAAUUAAGAGAUUUAGUGUGUUUUCUGCAUUACUGCUUUCUAAACGUACAUCGUGUAACUUUUAAAGCGCAUCAGAAUUUCUGGCCAAAUAAAUGUGAGCUAAAUUCUCAUAUUGAUGACACUGAAUGUGUGUUCUGUGUUUAUCAAGGCAUGGAAAUAAGAUAUCAUGCAAAGAGCUUUUACAUACUCAGAAUUAUGUCUGUACUUAGCAUGUCAAAUGAUAGCAAGUUCCACUGCAGUUUAUAUAAUCUUGGUGGUGGGUUGACCCUUUUGUUUCAAAUAACUUUCACAUUGAGACUUUAAUAUCUUGCAUUCUGUAUCUUCAAGUUUCCCAUGUAACCAUAUCUGUGUUAGAGGCAUCUCUUCUAUUGAAAUGUAAAGAAGCAUCGUUUGGGCUUGCCUUUUUUACUAGACUGAUUGAGUGACUCGUCUGAUUCAUGAAAACACAUGUCUGCACCUGUAUGUUGGCGUCAGCCUGUUGAAGCAGUAGUUUGAUGGUUUUAUAUUUUAAUCAGGGGAUAUGAUUGCCAUUACUUAUAAAAUAACAGAUUACAGUCAUCAUAAGUUAUAAAUGAAUUUGAAACAAUA